UCUUCCUCGUCAAUAUCCAUGUAGUUCAUGUACCUCUUCUUUUUUUUUCCCUUCUCUCUAAACACCAAAAUCCAUUAAAAGGGGGGAGAUGAAGAAAUGGUCUUUCCAAAUCCAAAUUAGAGAGUUCAUGAGAAGAAGACCCUUGUUGGUAAAAGCCAAUCUAGUGUUCCUACUUCUAUAGAUAAGUCCGCAUACACGUAAAUAUAUAUAUAUAUACACACACACACACGUCUACAACAGUAGUCCUAUAUAUGUGUAUCUACAUAUGCAUGUGUAACAAAUAAACAUACGCAAGGAGUGGAUAUGGGAAGACCACCUUGUUGCCACACAGCCAUCGUCAAGAAAGGGCCAUGGACGCCGGAGGAAGAUAUCUUAUUGGUCUCUUAUGUUCAAGAACACGGCCCCGGGAAUUGGAGAUCUGUUCCUACUAAUACAGGACUGCUUAGAUGCAGCAAGAGCUGCAGGCUUCGGUGGACUAAUUAUCUGAGACCGGGCAUUAAACGAGGAAAUUUCACGGAGAAUGAAGAGAAGAUGAUCAUCCAUCUCCAAGCUCUUUUGGGAAAUAGAUGGGCAGCAAUAGCAUCUUACCUUCCACAGAGGACCGACAAUGAUAUAAAGAACUAUUGGAACACACACCUAAAGAAGAAGCUAAAGAAGCUUCAGACAGGGCUCGAAGACACGAAAGCAUCUUCCAACAGAUCCAACAAUAAGAGGGUUCCGGACAAAGGCCAAUGGGAAAAGAGGCUUCAGACAGACAUGAACAUGGCCAAACAAGCCCUUUGUGAGGCUUUGUCAAUAGACAAACAACAAUGUUCCACCACUCAUCCCAACCUUCUCUUCGGUCCAUCGAAACCCUACCAACCUUCCUCUUCCGCUUCCACUUCCGCAACGAAGAGUACUUACGCUUCGAGCACCGAGAAUAUCUCGAGGUUGCUCCAAAACUGGAUGAGAUCUCCGCCAAAAUCGUCCAUCAGCAGUGUUCAUGCCCAUGAUCAAUCAUUGUUGAGCUCAAACUCGUGCAGGAAUUCGGAAUCCGGGUCGGUGGAUGAGAAAGCGAAUUUAACUCCCGAGACAAGCACGUUAAUCCAAGGUGAAAGCAAGCCAAACAAUGAGACUACUCAAGGUUCAUUGUCAUUGAUAGAGAAAUGGCUGUUUGAUGAUCAAGGGUUGGUCCAAGGUGGCGAAGAUCUCAUUAGCAUGCAUAAUCAAGAGUUGUUCUAAGAGAAAUCUGCUCUUGUAACUUUACUUUAUUUACUCCAUGUUCUUGUUAUUUUAGUUAGAUUUACUGUGAGCGUAAGGCUGGCUUGUCGUGUUCCUUAAACCAAGAAGUAAAAGAGUCAAAACUGUGAAAAAUGAAAGUGUUGUGGAGUUUGAAAUAAAUGAAAUGUGUACAUUGUUAAUGCAGGUUUAGACCGGUUUAGUUUGGUUUAA